AUGGACUGCACCGCAGACAUCGACGAGUGCAUCCACAAUGGGCAGCUGUGCCGCAACGGGCGCUGCGUCAACACCGAGGGCAGCUUCCAGUGCAUCUGCAACGCCGGCUUCGACCUCACGGCGGACGGCAAGAACUGCGUCGACCACGACGAAUGCGCGACGACCAACAUGUGCCUCAACGGGAUGUGCAUCAACGAGGACGGCAGCUUCAAGUGCAUCUGCAAGCCGGGCUUCUCGUUGGCGCCCAACGGCCGCUACUGCGUCGACAUCGACGAGUGCCAGACGCCGGGCAUCUGCAUGAACGGGCGCUGCGUGAACAGCGAGGGAUCCUUCCGCUGCGAGUGUCCCCCGGGCCUCGUCAUCGGCAUGGACGGCCGCAUCUGCGUCGACACGCACAUGCGCAGCACGUGCUACGGCGCCAUCAAGAAGGGCGUGUGCGUGCGCCCGUUCCCGGGCGCCGUCACCAAGUCGGAGUGCUGCUGCGCCAGCACGGAGCACGGCUUCGGGGAGCCGUGCCUGCCCUGCCCCGCCAAGAACUCCGCGGAGUUCCAGUCCUUGUGCGGCAGCGGCCUCGGCAUCACGGCCGACGGCAGAGAUAUUAACGAGUGCGCCCUGGACCCGGACAUCUGCCCCAACGGCAUGUGCGAGAAUCUGCGAGCGACCUACCGCUGCAUGUGCAACUCGGGGUACGAGUCGGACAUCUCCGGCAAGAGCUGCGUGGACGUGGACGAGUGCUCGCGCAACUCGCUGCUGUGCGACAACGGGCUGUGCCGCAACACGCCGGGCAGCUACUCCUGCUCCUGCCCCACCGGCUACGUCUUCAACUCCGAGUCGGAGACCUGCGAGGACGUGAACGAGUGCGAGGGGGGCCCGUGCGUGAACGGCGUGUGCAAGAACACGGCGGGCUCGUACGUGUGCGAGUGCUCCAUGGGCACCAAGGUGGACGCCACGGGCACCGUGUGCAUCGACAGCAUCAAGGGCACCUGCUGGAUGCAGAUCCUGGACAACCGCUGCGAGGUGAACAUCAACGGCGGCACCAUGAAGUCGGAGUGCUGCGCCACGCUGGGGGCCGCGUGGGGCAGCCCAUGCGAGCCCUGCGAGCUCGACCCCGCCUGCCCGCGUGGCUUCUCCCGCUCCAAGAGCGUCAACUGCGAGGACGUGAACGAGUGCGACGUCUUCCCGGGCGUCUGUCCCAACGGGCGCUGCGUGAACACCCCCGGCUCGUUCCGCUGCGACUGCCCCCAGGGACUGAUCCUGGACGGCACGGGACGCACGUGCGUGGACCUCCGUCUGGAGCAGUGCUUCCUGGAGUGGGACGAGGAGGAGUGCGAGCGCCCGCUGGGCCGCAUGCGUAUGGACGCCUGCUGCUGCUCCGUGGGGGCGGCGUGGGGCGCCGAGUGCGACUCGUGUCCGCCGGCCGGCACCAAGGAGUUCGACGCGCUGUGCCCACGCGGGCCCGGCUACGCCAACCGCGGGGACGUGCUUACGGGACGGCCCGUCUUUAAAGACGUCAACGAGUGCAAGACGUUCCCGGUGCUGUGCGCGCACGGGAAGUGCCGCAACACGGUGGGGAGCUUCCGCUGCAAGUGCGACGGGGGCUUCGCCCUCGAUGCAGAGGAUCGCAACUGCACAGAUAUCGACGAGUGCCGGAUCUCCCCGGACCUGUGCGGGCACGGUGCGUGCGUGAACACGCCCGGCAGCUUCGAGUGCGAGUGCUUCGAGGGCUACGAGAGCGGCUUCAUGAUGAUGAAGAACUGCAUGGACGUGGACGAGUGCGAGAGAGACCACUCGCUGUGCCGGGGAGGCACGUGCGUGAACACGGACGGCAGCUUCAAGUGCCUGUGCCCGCCGGGGCACGAGCUCACUCCAGACGGAUUUGCCUGCGUUGACGUGAACGAGUGUUCGCUGAGCGACAGCCUGUGCCGCAACGGGCGCUGCAUGAACAUGGUGGGCACCUUCCAGUGCACGUGCAACCCGGGCUACCAGACCACGCGCGACCGCCAGGCGUGCGUCGACAUUGACGAGUGCACCAUCCAGAACGGAGGCUGCGACACACACUGCGCCAAUGCCGAGGGCAGCUACGAGUGCAGCUGCAACAUGGGCUUCGCCCUGCUGCCCGACACGCGCACCUGUGCAGACAUUGACGAGUGCGAGGACAGCCCGGAUGUGUGCGAGGGCGGUCAGUGCACCAACGUCCCCGGCGACUACCGCUGCCUCUGCUACGACGGAUUCAUGGCCUCCAUGGACAUGAAGAUCUGCCUGGAUGUGAACGAGUGCGACCUCAACCCCAACAUCUGCCUCUACGGCGACUGCGAGAACACGCGCGGCUCCUUCAUCUGCCACUGCCAGAACGGGUUCCAUGUGCGCAAGGGAACGUCGGGGUGCACAGACGUGGACGAGUGCGAGAUCGGAGCCCACAACUGCGACGUGAACGCCGAGUGCAGCAACGUGCUCGGAGGCUUCCGUUGCGUGUGCAACGAUGGCUGGGAUGGAGACGGGACGCGUUGUCACGACGUGGACGAGUGCAGCACCAACGGGACGCACAAGUGCAGCGCGAGUGCCGACUGCGUGAACACGCCGGGCUCGUUCCGCUGCGUGUGCAAGGACGGCUUCUCUGGGGACGGCCACUCCUGCUCAGACAUGGACGAGUGUGCCGACAACGUGGACCUGUGCGAGAACGGGCAGUGUCUGAACGCGCCGGGCGGCUACCGCUGCGAGUGCGAGAUGGGCUUCGCUCCCAGCGAAGACAGCAAGGCCUGCCAGGACAUCGACGAGUGCGCGUUCCACAACAUCUGCGUGUUCGGCUCGUGCCAGAACCUGCCGGGGACGUUCCGCUGCGUGUGCGACGACGGCUACGAGCUGGACCACAGCGGAGGGAACUGCACCGAUGUGAACGAGUGCGGGGACCCGGUGAACUGCAUCAACGGCAUCUGCGCCAACACGCCGGGCAGCUACAUCUGCAACUGCCCGCCCGACUUUGAGCUCAACCCCACGGGCGUGGGCUGCGUCGACACGCGCGUGGGAAGCUGCUUCUUUGAGCCAGAGCCGCGAGGCGACGGGGGGUUCAGCUGCAGCGCGGAGAUCGGCGUCGGGGUGACGCGUGCCUCCUGCUGCUGCUCGCUGGGACGCGCCUGGGGAAACCCCUGCGAGAUCUGCCCAGUCUCCAGCACAGAUGAGUACAAGACCCUGUGUCCCGGAGGAGAGGGCUUCAGGCCAAAUCCAAUCACAGUCAUCCUGGAAGGUAUCGACGAGUGCCAGGAGCUGCCAGGGCUGUGCCAGGGUGGGAACUGCGUGAACACGUUUGGAACGUACAUGUGCGUGUGCCCGCCUGGGUACUUCCGGAACGAGCGCAUCUGCGAAGACAUCGACGAGUGCUCGCGGAGCCCCGGCGUGUGCGGCCCGGGCACGUGCUACAACACGCUGGGCAACUACACCUGCGUGUGCCCCUCCGACUACGUGCAGGUGCACGGAGGCAACAGCUGCAUGGACAUGCGCAAGAGCUUCUGCUACAAGAGCUACAACGAGACGUGCGAGGGGGAGCUGCCCUACAACCUCACCAAGAAGAUGUGCUGCUGCUCCUACAACGUGGGCAAGGCCUGGAACAAGCCGUGCGAGGCCUGCCCUGCCCCGGCCACCGCGGGGUACACACAGCUGUGCGGAAACCAGCUGCCCGGCUUCAUCAUUGACAUCCACACGGGCAAGGCGGUCGACAUCGACGAAUGCCGGGAGAUCCCCGGGGUGUGUGCCAACGGCGUGUGCAUCAAUCAGCUGGGCAGCUUCCGUUGCGAGUGCCCCAUGGGCUUCAGCUACAGCGAUCAGCUGCUCAUCUGCGAAGACAUCGACGAGUGCGUGAACGGCGACACGCUGUGCCAGCGCAACGCGGACUGCAUCAACAUCCCGGGCGGCUACCGCUGCGAGUGCGGCGCCGGCUACAAGCUCUCCCCCGCGGGCGCCUGCGUCGAUCGCAACGAGUGCAGCGAGAUCCCCAACGUGUGCAGCCACGGCGAGUGCGUGGACACCCGCGGGAGCUACCGCUGCCACUGCCACAACGGCUUCAAGGGGACGGACGACAGCACCAUGUGCAUGGACAUCGACGAGUGUGAGCGCCAGCCGUGCGGUAACGGCACCUGCCGCAACACGGUGGGAUCCUACAACUGCCUCUGCUUCCCCGGCUUCGAGCUCACGCACAACAACGACUGCAUCGACAUCGACGAGUGCUCUGCGCCGAGCUCCCAGGUGUGCCGCAGCGGCCGCUGCUUCAACUCCAUCGGCUCCUUCCGCUGCCUGUGCCAGGACGGCUACGAGCUCAGCGCCGACAACAAGCACUGCGUCGACAUUAACGAGUGCGUGGCCGAUCCCACCACCUGCUACCCGGGGGUCUGCCAGAACAUGGACGGCUCCUUCCGCUGCAUGUGCCCCCCGGGCUACGAGGUCAAGAACGACCACUGCGUCGACCUCAACGAGUGCCUGGUGGAGCCCAACACGUGCCUGUUCGGCGCGUGCACCAACACGCCGGGGAGCUUCCGCUGCGACUGUCCGCCCGGCUUCAUGCUGUCGCAGAACGGGCGCCGCUGCUUCGACACUCGCAGCAGCUUCUGCUUCUUGAACUUCGAGAGUGGGAAGUGCUCCGUGCCCCGGGCCCUGAACACCACCAAGGCGCGCUGCUGCUGCAGCGCGAUGCCCGGCGAGGGCUGGGGGGACCCCUGCGAGCUGUGCCCACGGGAAGGCGAAGCCGGCUUCGAGGACCUGUGUCCCCUGGGAGUGGGGAUCAUCCCGGGCCCUGGGGACACGCGCGAAGACAUGAACGAGUGCGUAGAGAACCCGGGCAUCUGCACCAACGGGCAGUGCAUCAACACGGACGGCUCCUUCCGCUGCGAGUGUCCCCUGGGUUACAGCCUCGACUACACGGCCAUCAACUGCAUCGACACGGACGAGUGUUCCAUCGGCAACCCGUGCGGCAACGGCACGUGCGCCAACGUGCUGGGCGGCUUUGAGUGCGCCUGUGAUGACGGCUUUGAGCCUGGGCCCAUGAUGACCUGCGAAGAUGUGAACGAGUGUUCCCAGAACCCGCUGCUGUGCGCCUUCCGCUGCAUCAACACGUUUGGCGCCUAUGAGUGCACGUGCCCCACGGGCUACACGCUGCGUGAAGACCGUCGCAUGUGCAAGGACCUGGACGAGUGCGCGGAGGGACUGCACAACUGCGACUCGCGGCAGAUGGUCUGCAAGAACCUCAUCGGCACGUUCAUGUGCAUCUGCCCGCCGGGCAUGGUCCGCAGGCCGGAUGGCGAGGGCUGCACCGACGAGAACGAGUGCCGUGCCAAGCCGGGCGUCUGCGAGAACGGACGCUGCAUCAACACGUUCGGCAGCUACCGCUGCGACUGCAACGAGGGCUUCGCGGAGAGCGACAGCGGCGUCGAUUGCCUGGACAACCGCCAGGGCCUGUGCUUUGCCGAGGCGGUGCAGGGCCUGUGCCAGAUGUCUUCCAGCAGCCGGCAGGCCGUCACCAAGUCCGAGUGCUGCUGCGACGGCGGGCGUGGCUGGGGCGGACACUGCGAGAUGUGCCCCUUCCCCGGCACGCGGGAAUACCGCAAGCUGUGCCCGCACGGGCCGGGCUACACCACGGACGGACGCGACAUCGACGAGUGCAAGGUGUUGGCCAAUCCGUGCCACAACGGGGAGUGCAUCAACAGCGCCGGCUCCUACCGCUGCAUGUGCAACCGCGGCUACACCACGGACAUCACCUCCACCGCCUGUGUCGACUUGGACGAAUGCUCACAGUCGCCCAAGCCGUGCAAUUUCAUCUGCAAGAACACGGAGGGCAGCUUCCAGUGCUCGUGCCCACGUGGCUACAUCAUGCAGGAGGACGGCAAGACCUGCAAGGACCUGGAUGAGUGCGCCAGCAAGCAGCACAACUGCCAGUUCCUGUGCGUCAACACGAUCGGGAGCUUCAACUGCAAGUGCCCACCCGGCUUCGCGCAGCACCACUCGGCCUGCAUCGACAACAACGAGUGCGUCUCCCAGCCGAGUCUGUGCGGCGCACGAGGAAUGUGCCAGAACUCGCCGGGCAGCUUCUCCUGCGAGUGUCAGCACGGCUUCUCCAUCGAUGGCACUGGGGUCAACUGUGAAGACGUCAACGAAUGCGACGGCAGCCACCGGUGCCAGCACGGCUGCCAGAACAUGCUGGGCGGCUACCGCUGCUCCUGCCCGCAGGGAUACCUGCAGCACUACCAGUGGAACCAGUGCAUCGAUGAGAACGAGUGCGCCAACCGGCAGCUGUGCGGCUCCGCGUCGUGCCACAACACGCUGGGCAGCUACAAGUGCCUGUGCCCCUCCGGGUUCGCCUUCGACCAGCACGGCGUCGGCAGCGGCUGCCAGGACGUCAACGAGUGCUCCGGCUCGCACGCGCCCUGCAACUACGGCUGCUCCAACACCGAGGGCGGUUACCUGUGCGGUUGUCCCAACGGGUACUACCGCGCCGGCCAGGGGCACUGCCUCACAGGCCUAGGCUUCGCCCAGGUCAACGGCGGCGGCGACGAGGGCCUGGAGGAGUUUGACGGGGCGGAGCUGGUGGAGGCGCCGGAGGGCUCCGAGGACGCGCUGUCGCACGAGGCGUGCUACGAGUGCAAGGUCAAUGGCUACGGCAAGGCGGGGAGGCUGCGGCGCAGCGCCAACGGCACCGGCGGGGAGCUGGAGCCCAUGAGCCUGGCGAGCGUGGACCUGGACGCGCCCGUGACGCUGCGCCUCAACGCCUCGGCCCUCCGUCCGGGCGAGCCCUUGCUGCGGUUCACCCCGGCGCUCGCCACCCUCAACCGCCACGUGCGCUACGCCGUGGUGUCGCGGGGGCCCGGCUCGCGCGCCUUCCGUCUGCAGCCCAAGGAGAACGGCGCCUGGCUGCAGGUCGCUGGUGCCGGCAAGGACCAGCACGCGAGGCGGAGGGGUGCCGGCGAGCUGCGGCGCGGGCCGUACGCGCUCGAGAUCGUGGGCCUGCCGACGUUCAAGCGCGCCGAGAUGCGGCGCAUGGAGCGGCAGCACGACGCGGAUUACCUGCUGGGCGAGCACGGCGCCGCGCUGCGCAUCAAACUGAACAUAGACGUCUACUAGGCUCACGCGUGUACUAGGCCCGCGCGUGUAUUAGGCCCGCGCGUGUACUAGGCCCGCGCGUGUACUAGGCCUGCGCGUGCGUGUAAGCGGAGCGGGCGGGCCGGCGUUCGUUGAUGCGCGCCCACGGAGGUCGAAGUGGUGAGGGUCGGGGAGGGUAGAUCGUCGUCGCGGCCAUUGUUGGUGAUUUGUGUGGAAUUGUUUCAAAUGAAAUAUGAAGAUAGUUUUGACGUUUUGUAAAUGAAACACACUCCCGGUUCUGUCGUCGUAUUUCUUUUGUUUAGGAAGGUUCCAAUGAACUUUUCGCAGACUGUAAUUAUGUCGAAGUUAUCAUGAAUAAUGCCAAAGUAAAAAAAAAAAGUGAAAUUAUGGAGAUUUUUGAAAAUUUUC